AUGUUCUACAUUUUGCUUUCUCCGUCUCUUUUUCUGCUUUCUCCGUCUCUUUUUCUGCUUUCUCCGUCUCUCUUUCUGUAUUCUCCGUCUCUCUUUCUGCUUUCUCCGUUCCUUUCUCUCCGUCUCUCUUUCUUAUUCUCCGUCUUUUCUCCUUUCUCUCUUUUCUCUUUUUCUGCUUUUCUGUUUCUCCGUCUCUCUUUCUGUAUUCUCCGUCUCUUUUUCUGCUUUCUCCGUCUCUUUUUUCUGCUUUCUCCGUCUCUUUCUGCUUUCUCCGUCUCUCUUUCUGUAUUCUCCGUCUCUCUUUCUGCUUUCUCCGUCUCUUUUUUCUGCUUUCUCCGUCUCUCUUUCUGUAUUCUCCGUCUCUCUUUCUGCUUUCUCCGUCUCUUUUUUCUGCUUUCUCCGUCUCUCUUUCUGUAUUCUCCGUCUCUCUUUCUGCUUUCUCCGUCUCUUUUUUCUCUCUUUUUCCGUCUCUUUUCUCUUUCUCUCUCUCUUUCUGUAUUCUUUUCUCUCUCUCUCCGUCUCUCUCUCUCCGUCUCUCUUUCUUCUUUCUUUUCUCUCUCUCUUUCUGUCUCUUCAUCCUCUCUUUCUGUAUGUUUUUCUCUCUCUCUCUCUUUAUGUUUUUUCUCUCUCUCUCUUUCUCUCUUUUUUCUCUCUCUCUCUUUCUUUCUUUUCUCUCUCUCUCUCUCUUUCUGUCUGUUUUCUCCGUCUCUCUUUUUCUGCUCCCUCUCCUCUCAUCCUCUCUUCUCUUUCUGUUUUUCCCCUCUCUCUCUUUCCGUCUCUUUUUUUCUCUCUCUCUCUUUCUUUUUCCUCUCUUCUCUCUCUCUCUUUCUGUCUUUCUUUCGUCUCUCUACCCCCCUCUCCCACUCUCUCAUCUCUUUUUCUUUUUCUCUCUCUCUCUUUCUGUAUUUUUUUUCUCUCUCUUUCUCUUUCUCCGUCUCUCUUUCUCUCUCUCUCUCUCUUUCUGUAUCUUUUUCUCUCUCUCUCUCUCCUCUCUGUUUCUUUUUUCUCUCUCUCUCUCUUUCUGUAUGUUUUUCUCUCUCUCUCUCUCCCCUGUUUUUCUCUCUCUCUCUCUUUCUGUUUUCUCUCACCCUCUCUCUUUUUCCUGUUUUUUUCUCUCUCUCUCUCUUUCCUGUCUGUUUUUCUCUCUCUCUCUCUUUUCUCCGUCUUUUUCUCUCUCUCCCACUCUCUUUCUGUCUAUUUUUUCUCUCUCUUUCUGUAUGUCUUUUUCUCCGUCUCUCUUUCUGUCUCUCCCUUUCUCUCCUCUCUGUCUCUAUUUUUCUCUCCCCAUAUGUCUUUCUCCGUCUCUUUUUUCUCUCUCUCCCACUCUCAUUCUCUCUCUCAAUUCCUCUCUAUGUUUUUUUUCUCUCUCUCUCUUUCUGUAUUUUUUUUCUCUCUCUCUCUCCUGUAUGUUUUUCUCUCUCUCUCUCUUUCUUUUUCCUCUUUUUCUGUCUCUCUCUCUCUCUUUUUCUCUCUGUUUUUCUCUCUCUCUCUCUUUCUCUUUCUCUCUCUUUUCUCCUCUCUCUCUUUUUCCGUCUUCUUUCUUCUCUCUCUCUCUCUCUUUCUCCAUCUCUCUCUCUCUCUCUUUCUGUAUUCUCCGUCUCUCUCUUCUCCCCCUCUCUCAUCCGUCUCUCUUUCUGUUUUCUCUCUUUUCUGUAUUUUUCUCUCUCUCUUUUCUGUAUCUCUUUCUCAUCUCUCUCUGUCUCUCUUUCUAUAUUUCUUUUUCUCUCUCUUUCUCUUUCUCCCACUUUUUCAUCUCUCUCUUUUCUCUCUUUCUUUUUUCCUCUCUUUUUCUGUCUCUCUUUUUUUCUCUCCCACUCUCUGUUUUCUCUCUCUCUUUCUCUUCUGUAUGUCUUUUUCUCUCUCUCUUUCUGUUUUCUCCGUCUCUCAUUCUCUUUUUUUUCUCUCUCCCUCUGUCUUUCUCUGUCUUUUUUUCUCUUUCUCUCUCUUUCUCUCUUUUCUCUCUCUCUCUUUUCUGUAUUUCCGUCUCUCUUUCUCUCUCUUUCUCUCUUUUUUCUCUCUCUCUCUCUCUUUCUGUCCGUUCUCUCCGUCUCUCUCUCUUUCUCCGUCUCUCUUUCUCUCUCUCUCUCUCUUUCUGUCUCUUUUUUCUUUUCUCUCCGUCUCUUUUCUCUCUCCGUCUCUCUUUCUCUCUCUCUCUCUCCUUCUUUUUUUUCUCUCUCUCUUUUUUCUCCGUCUCUUUCAUCUCUCUCUUUCUCUUUCUGUUUCUCUCUCUCUCUCUUUCUGUUUUUCUCUUUUCUCUUUCUGUUUUUCUCUCUUUCUUUCUGUCUGUUUUUCUCUCUCUCUUUCUGUCUUUUUUUCUCUCUCUCUUUCUGUUUUUUUCUCUCUCUUUCCUGUCUUUCUUUCUUUUCUCUUUCUUUCUCUCUCUUUCUUUUUCUCCUCUCUGUAUCCCUCUCUUUCUGUCUUUUUUUUUCUCUCUCUUUCUGUAUUUUUUUUUUCUCUCUCUCUCUCUCUCUAUGUAUUUCUUUCUCUCUCUCUUUUUCUGUCUUUCUCCGUCUCUCUUUUUUUCUCUCUCUCUUUUUCUGUUUUUCUCUCUCUCUUUUUGUUUCUCUCUCUCUCUUUCUCCUUUUUUUUUCUCUCUCUCUCUCUUUCUUUUUUCUCUCUCUUUUUCUCUUUUUUUUCUCUCUCUCUUUCUCCCCUUUCAUCCUCUCUCUCUCUUCUGUAUAUUUUUUUCUCUCUCUCUUUCUGUAUUUUUUUCUCUCUUCUCUCUCUGUUUUUUUCUCUCUCUCUCUGUUUCUCCGUUCUCUUUCUCUCUUUCUGUAUGUUUUUCUCUUUCUCUCUCUCUCUCUCUUUUUCUCUCUCUCUCUUUCUGUCUUUUUUUCUUUUCUCUUUCUCCCCUCUCUCUUUCUGUAUUUCCCUUUUUCUCUCUCUCUUCUGUAUUUUUUUUUCUCUCUCUCCGUCUCUUGUCUUUUCUCUUUCUCUCUCUCUUUUUCUCUCUCUCUUUUCUCUCUUCUGUCUGUUCUCUUUUCUUUUUUUUUCUCUCUCUCUUUCUUUCUUUUUUUUCUCUCUCUCUCUUUCUUUUUCUCUCUCUCUCCUCUCUCUCUCUCUCUUUCUGCUUUCUCUACGUCUCUCUUUCUCUCUCUCUUUCUGUUUUUCUGUUUUUUCUCUCUCUCUCUUUUCUCCAUCCCUUUUUCUCUCUCUCUCUCUCUUCUUUUUCCGUCUCUCUUUUUCUUUCUCUCUUUCUCUCUCUCCUCUGUUUUUUUUUCUCUCCUCUCUUUUUUCUGUAUGUUCUCUCUCUUCUCUCUCUCUUUCCUCUCUUUUUUUCUCUCUCUCUCUUUCUCCGUCUCUUUUUUCUCUUCUCUCUCUCUCUCUCAUCUCUCUUUCUCUCUUUCUGUAUUUUUUCCUCUCUCUCUCUCUCUUUCUCUCUUUUUUUUCUCUCUCUUUCUCCUGUUUUUCUCUCUCUCUUUCUGCCUGUUUUUCUCCUCUCUUUCUGUCUUUUUCUCUCUCUCCUCCCAUUUUUCUUCUCUCUCUCUCUUUCUUUUUUUUCCGUCUCUCUUUCUGCUCUCUCCUCUUUUUUCUCUCUCUCUCUCUUUUUUCUCCUCUCUCUCUCUUUUUCUUUCUCUCUUUUUCUUUCUCUCUCUUUUUGUAUCUUUUCUCUCUCUCUCUCUUUCUGUAUUUUUUCUCUCUUUCUGUCUUUUCUUUUUCUCUCUCUCUUUCCGUCUCUCUCUCUUUCUGUCUCUCUCUUUCUCUCUCUCUUUCUUUAUGUCUUUCUCUCUCUCUCUCUUUUUUGUUUUUCCUCUCUCUCUCUUUCUGUAUUCUUUUUCUCUCUCUCCUCUGUUUCUUUUUCCUCUCUCUCUUUCUUUUUUCCGUCCCUCUCUUUUUCUCCUUUCUCUCUCUCUCUGUUCUGUUUUCUCUCUCUCUCUUUCUAUAUUUUUUUUUCUCUCUUUCUCUCUCUGUCUUUCUUCUCUUUUUCUGUCUUUCUCCGUCUCUCUUUCUUUGUUCUCUCUCUCUCUCUUUCUCUCUGUUUUCUCUCUCUCUCUUUUUAUUUUCUCUUUCUGUUUUCCCUCUCUCUCUUUCUCUCUUUCUUUUCUCUCUCUUUCUCUCUUUCUCCGUCUCUUUUCUCUCCACUCUCCGUCUCUCUGUCUGUUUUUUUCUCUCUCUUUCUCUCUUUUCUUCUCUUCUCUCUCUCUUUCUGUUCUCUCUUUUUUUUCUCUCUCUCUUUCUGUUUUUCUCUCUCUUUCUGUAUCUCCUCCUUUUUUCUCCGUCUCUCUUUUUCUUUUUUUCUCUCUCUCUCUCUUUGCUUUUUCUCUCUUUCUCUUUCUCUCUCUUUUUUUUCUCUCUCUCUCUUUUUUUCUCUCUCUUUUUCUUAUUUCCUUCUCUUUUUCUUUCUCUCCUCUCUUUUUCUCCGUCUCUCUUUUCUGCCUUUUUCUCUCUCUUUUCCUCUCUGUUUUUUUCUCUCUUUCUAUUUUUUUUUUCCGUCUCUCUUUCUUUAUUUUUUUUCUCUCAUUCUGUCUUUCUUUUCUCUCUUUCUUUGUUUUUCUCUCUCUCUCUUUCUGUAUCCCUCCGUCUUUUUUCUCUCUCUUUCUUCUAUUUCUUUCUCUUUCUCUCUUUCUCCGUCUCUCUUUCUCUCUCUCCGUUUCUUUUUUGUUUUUCUCUCUCUCCUUUUUCUCCUUCUUUUUUUGUUUUCUCUCUCUCUUUCUCUUCCUCUGUCUCUGUUUUUUUUCUCUUUCUUUCUGUAUUUCUCCGUCUCUCUUUUUCUUUCUCUCUUUUUUCUUUCUCAUCCUCUCUUUUUCUCUCUCUUUUUAUGUUUUUUCUCUCUCUUUCUCUUUUUUUCUCUCUUCUUUUUCUGCUUUCUCCGUCUCUCUUUCUUUUCUUUCUCUUUCUCUCUCUUUUUCUUUUGUCCUUUCUUUCUCUCUCUUUUUUGCUUUCUCCGUCUCUCUUUCUCUCUUCUCCAUCUCUCUUUUCCUGUCUUUCUCCCCCUCUUUUUCUCUUUCUCCCCUCUCUUUUUUUUCUCUUUCUCUCUCUCUUUCUCCUCUCUUUUUUCUCUCUCUCUCUCUUCUGUCUCUUUUUCUCCUUUUCUCUCUCUUUCUGUAUUCUCCUCUCUCUUUUUUUUCUCUCUCUCUUUCUCUCUCCUUUCUCUCUCUCUCUUUCUUUUUUCUCCGUCUAUCUUUUUUCCAUCUCUUUUUUCUCCUCUCUUUUUCUUUUUCUCCGUCUCUUUUCUCCCUCUCUCUUUCUUUCUUUUUCUCUCUCUCUCUCUUUUCUCUCUUUUCUUUCUCUUUCUCUUUCUCUCUCUCCCUUUCUCUUUCUCCGUCUCUCUUUCCCAUCUCUCCAUCUCAUCUUUUCUGCUCUUUCUCCGUUUUUUUCUCUUUCUUUCUCUCUCUCCGCUCUCUCUCUCUCUCUUUUUUUUCAUCUCUCUCUCUUUCUGUUUCUCUCUCGUCUCUUUCCCGUCUCUCCCACUCUCUUUUCUGUUUCUCUUUUCUCCUCUCUCUCUUCUUCUUAUUCUCCGUCUCUCUUUCUCUCUCUCCCUCUUUCUCAUUUCCGUCUCUCUUCUUCUCCGUCUCUCUCUCUCUUUCUUCUGUCUUUCUCUCUCUCUCUCUUUCUUUUCUCCGUCUCUUUUUCUCUUUCUUCUUUCUCUCUCUCUCUUUUCUCCGUCUCUCUCUCUUCUCUCUCUCCGUCUCUUUUCUCUCUCUUCUUUCUUUCUCCGUCUCUCUCCGUCUUUUUCCAUCUCUUUCUCCUCUCUCUUUUUUCUGCUUUCUCCGUCUCUUUCUCUCUCUGUCUUUCUCUCUCUCUCUGUCUCUUUUCUCCGUCUCUCUUUUUUUUUCCUCUCUUUCUCCCGUCUCUUUUUCUCUCUCUCCGUCUCUUUUCUUUUUUUCUUUUCUCUCUCUCUCUUUUCUGUAUUCUCCGUCUCUCUUUUUCUGUUUUCUCUCGUCCUCUCUUUUUCUCUUUUCUCCGUCUCUCUUUCUCUUUUCUCCGUCUCUUUUUCUCUUUUUCUCCGUUUUUUCUCUCUCUUUUUCUCUUUUCCGUCUCUCUCUUUCUCCAUCUUUCUCUUUGUCUUUCUCCGUUUCUUUUUUCUCCCCCUUCUCUCUCCCUUCUUUCAUUCUCUCCUCUCUCUCUUUCUGUAUUCUCCGUCUCUCUCUCUUUCUGUAUUUCUUUUUUCUCUCCGUCUCUUUCUGUACACAUCCCUUCUUUUUCUCUUUCUCCGUCUCUCUUUCUGCAUCUCCGUCUCUCUUUCUGUAUUCUCCGUCUCUUUUUUCUGCAUUUUCCGUCUCUCUUUUUCCGUCUUUUUCUCUCCGUCUCUCUUUCUCUUUCUCUACUUCUCUCAUUUUUCUGUAUUUCUCCGUCUCUCUUUCUGUAUUUCUCCGUCUCUCCGUUUCCCUUUCUCCGUCUCUCUCUUCUAUUCUCCAUCUCUCUUUCUGUCUUUUCCGUCUCUCUUUUCUUCUCCGUCUCUUUCCCUCUCCGUCCUUUUUCUGUAUUCUCCGUCUCUUUUUCUCUUUCUCCGUCUCUUUCUGUCUCUCCGUCUCCUCUUUCUCUCAUCUCUCUUUUCUCCUCUUUUCUUUCUCUCUUUCACUCUCUCUUUUUUUCUCUUUUUCCGUCUCUCUUUCUGCCUCCUCCUAUCUCAUCCUCUUUCUGCUUUCUCCGUCUCUUUUCUUUUCUCCGUCUCUUUUCUAUUCUCCCGUCUCUCUUUCUCUCUCCAAAAGCUUUCUCCGUCUCUCUUUCUGUACUUUCUCUUUCUCCCUCCGUCUCUUUUUUCUGCUUUCUCCGUCUCUUUUCUCCGCUCUUCUUUCAUCUCUCUUUCUGUUUCUCCGUCUCUUUUUCUUUUCUCCCUUUCUCUUUCCGUCUCAUCUCUUUUUUCUGCUUUCUCCGUCUCUUUUUUCUCCGUCUUUUUCUCUUUCUAAGUCUCUCUUUCUGUAUUCUCCAUCUCUUUUUCUGCUUUCUCCGUCUCUCAUCUCUUUCUCCGUCUCUCUUUCUUUCUCCAUCUCUUUUUUUUCUUUCUCCUUUCUCUUUUUUCUCUUUUCUUUCUCCGUCUCUCUUUUGUUUCUCCGUCUCUUUUUCUUUUCUCCGUCUCUCUUUUUUUUUCUCCGUCUCUUUUUUCUGCUUUCUCUCUCCUUUCUGCUUUUCUCUCUCUUUCUGUUUCUCCGUCUCUUUUUCUGCUUUCUCCGUCUCUCUUUUCCUCUCUCUUUCUUUUACACUCCGUCUUUUCUCCUUUUCAACUCUCUUUCUGCUGUUCUCCGUCUCUUUUUUUACCUCCGUCUCUUUUCUUUUUCCGUCUCUUUUUCUGGUUUAUUGUCCCUCUCUUUCACUCCGUCUAUCUUUAAGAGGAUCUCUUUUCUGUUUUCCGUCUCUCUUUUUUCUUCUCCGUCUCUAUUUCUGCUUUUCUCCGUCUCUCAUUUUGGUCCGUCUCUUUUCUCCUCAUCUAUUUUCUACUCUCUUUUCCUUUUCUUUUUUUAUAUUUUCAUUCAUCUUCUUCUUUAUUCUCUUUGUCGUUUCUCCGUUCUCUCAUUUCUCCUUUGUCUCUCUUUAUUCACUUUGUCUUCUUUCUUUAUUCUCUUUUCUAUUCGUCUUCUUUAUUCAUUUUGUCUUCUCUCUUUCUGCUUUCCUCCGUCUCCUUUUUUUCUGUUUCUCCGUUUUUUCCUUUUCUUCCUCUUUUCUCUGUCUCUCUUUCUGCUUUCUCCGUUUUUUCUGCUUUUCUGUUUCUCUUUUUUCUUUCUCCGUAUCCCUAAUCUCUUUUCCGUUUUUUCUUCAUUUUCGUUUCUCUUUUUAUUCUCCGUCUCUUUUCUAAAUUCUUCUCUUUUUUCUGCUUUCUCAGUCUCUCUUGUGAUCUCCUGUUUCUCUCUUUCUUUAAGACUUCCUUUUUCUGCUUUCCCGUCUCUUUCUAAGUUUCCUUAUGUUUUUUCUGCUGCCUCCAGUUUUUUGUCAUUUUGGGUUUUGUCCCUCAUUCACUGUCAUAUGUCUAUCCAAACUGUUUUUUCUUCUAACGAAAUUAUAUAG